AAACAUUGAAGAACCUUUGCUCUUAGUUGAACUUAAGUACAGAGGGAACAAGGCUAACCUAAUAGAAUGCCUCAUGUAUAUUAGUGAUAUGACCCAACCUUCACUAGGUCAUUUAAGGGAAAGUGUAGAAAAUAUAGAAGGUGAGGAAGAGUUACAUGUUAAGAGGACCAAAGAAGUAGGGAAGAAGUCCAAGAACACAUCUGAUAUAAAAAUGUUGUUAAGAGAAAUUAAACAUUUGUGUAAGAAUGCAUUAAGUGUCUCAACAGAAGAUGAGGCAAUCCAACACAUUGAGGAUGCAAGAGCGAAAACACUUGAUAAAAUGGUAGUUCUAAAUGCUGUAAGAGAAUAUGAUUAG